AUAAGUUCUUGUAAAAAAUAUUUGUAACUAUAUUUAUUAUUUAGAUUAUUUUAUUAAUAUGAUAUGAUAUAUAUAUAUAUAUUAAUUUAAAAGUGAUAUAUGAAUUAUUAUUUAUUAAAAGCUAUUAUUGUUUUUCAAAAUUAUAGGGUUUCUCGUGCACACAAAAAAAAACAGUUUAAAGUAUUAUUACAAACGGUCAGAAGCCCAGUAGGUCAUAAAGGAAAAACAUAAGAAUAUUUAAAAGCCUACAAACAUUUGACCAAUAGCUUUCUCCGUAAUUUUUAGAACAACUCAAACACAGAUCUGAAACCUGAUCGAUAGUUUCGUCAAUGGAAUCUCCUUCGUUCCUUGACUAUCUCUUCUUCUUCAUCGGUGGUUUCUGGCAUGGAAGCUGGUACUAAGCCAUGUUCCUCUUGUUCAAGAGAUCUUUGGUUUGAGGAAGAAAACCUUUAAACCUAAACCUGAAUCUCGCGGUAGAAUCUCCAAAUUCUACAAAAGUCAGAAUUAUGUUCCUCAAUGGUAAUUACUCUCUUAUUUACUGAAUCCUGAAGCCAUCCAUGUAUAAUUUACUGUGUCUUUUAGACUAAUAUUUCUCUCAGAAAUUGUGGAUUUAACAAGAGCCGAUGGUCCAAUACUAAACGAGCAAGAAGGGAACAGUUCCAUGCUAUAAUCUCAAGUUAAAAGCUUUAGAGUUCUAUUUUCUUUUGUGGAAGAAUUUCUGCAGUGUUAUGUGCAUUCUGUAUAUUGAAGUGUUUCAAACCCAAUUCCUUGAUGUUGUUUCAAACUAUUGUUGUCGUUGUGAGAGAACCCAUUGUUUUCGGAUGAAUAAGACAUCGAAAUUUACCCUAUUUGCUCAUCAUGUCCAUCACAAACUCAAAACCAGCCUCAACAUAGCCGACACCUUCACCUACUAAUAAAUGUCGCUCUUAUUUGCUGAUCCUUACUUUGAUGGAAGCUAAAAUGCUGCAGAGACAAACAUUUACUAAACCAGAAGAGAGAAUACAAAAUCCAAAGCCAACACUGAAAGACAGAAUUUUUUGGAAGAGAUAGUUGGACCCACCACAGCGAGACAACAUGAGACUUCGGGAGAGGGUUGUUCUCAACCUCGGUAUGUAAAAACCCAGUCUGGAACCGCAAAGGGCAAGUCACUAUACUAAAAUUUAAACUAUCAAACACAUCUGAACCUUCACAUCAACAAAUGAAGUGCUCUAUAAGCUAUGAGCGGACAAUGCAUAAUGAGAAGCAUCGAUGCCGUCCAUUUACAGACAAAAGCAACAUAUUUAAGUUCAUUCGUAGCAAUAACAAUAACACCACAAAGAAAACAGCCAUUUAAGUUCAUUCGUAGCAAUAACCAUAACACCACAAAGAAAACAACCAUUUGUAAACAAAAGCAACAUAAUUAAUUAUUUGUAGCAACCACCAUAACUUAUUAACUUCAUGCCAUAGAGAGACGCAAUAAAAAGUGAGACGCCCUUCUUACAACCACAAGUGAUCUUUCUAAUUCUAGCAUUUCCUCGGUGAAUCGAUCCAGCAUAUGAGAAAUGUCAUGAGAGACAGACAUUCCAAGACCUUCAAAAAAACUUUUGGACAGUCUUCUCCAACAAUUUAUCUUCGAAAAAGUUAGUACAAAUCUUACAAACGUGAGCCUUGAAUUCAGAAAGUGAUGAUUCUUCCUUUAAGAUCUUCUCACCGGUAUUACAAAUGUAGGAACUCAGUGCAUCGUUGACAUGACACACACUAAGGGCUUGAUUGAGAGAGAAUUAACAAAAACAUUAUGCUCCUUAUUCUCCAAUCAACAAUUUAUUAGAAAAGCAUCUAGAAUAUCAUUUCGAUGAUGCAAAUGCUCUCCAUAUGGUCAUUAUCCUAUGUUUUCAUAUGAACCUUUUGGUAGAACAUUUGCAUUUAGACUACAUAAAAAUAAUUUAAUAUAAUUUAUUUAUUUGUUCUAAUAAUAUACUGAUACCUUUCUUGUUUUGUAGAUCGUUGAAGGUGGAUUGGAUGAGCCACCACCUUUCUCUGAGCUUGUGCGCAACACACACUUACAAGGAUGGCUCAGUAAUUGAUGAACGUGCUGAGUAACUUGUCCUAGAGGUUGCGGAAGCUGCAGCCGAAUUGGAAUCCAAUGAGGAGUCUUCCAAUAAUUGUUGGGGUCAAAAUGUUGAAAUGAGUUGAUCAGUAUAUGAGAAGAUGGCUUAAGGAGUUGGGAAUGAGAAAGUGUGAAGGCAAAGAGAAGGAGAGCUUGGGAUUGAUCAGGCCGUACAAGGCCGUACUGGCCGUACGUACCAUCCGUACGGUCCGGAUCAAUCCACUACUCGACCAAAAGGAGAAGUUACCCGCGUGAAAGGAUUAAACGGCCAAAGGAGUUUUACCUUAGAGGAUAUUACCGUUUGGAUGGAUAGAGUGACUGAGCCUUAUCCUCACAGGCUGGAACAGGCUGUAAAGGCGAAAGGAACCUUGUCCAAGAUGCCAAAAACGUGUGACAGCUCUCAUUGGAUCUGUUUUGAAUUAAAGCAACCUUAUCCUUGACCUCACAUGCUUAGUCUCUCUAAAACCCUUGUAUCUGAUCAUAUAUAUUGUAAACUCAGUCUUAAUGAAUGAAUAACACGAGUUCAUCAUAUUCUCUCUCUAGUUCAUCAUGUUUCUCCUUUACAUUUCAUAAACAAUCUCAUCUUUCCUUAAUCUCCCCAUAAUCUCUCUUUAAUCUCUCUUGAAUCUCUUUAAAUCUCUCAAUACCUAUUCUACUCUCUAAAAUCAUAUGGUAUCAGAGCCAGGUUGGCUUUGGUAUUGAGAUUUCGAGUGUUAUUCAGCUUCAUUUCAAACUCUUUUCAAUCUACUCUUUCGGAUCUAACUAAACAAGAUGGAGGGAAACUACAAGGUCAUUACGGUUCCUGUUGCUUUGAAGGGUAGUGGAAACUACCUGCUGUGGUCUAGGCUUGUGAAGACAGCCAUUGGGAGGCUAGGGUUAUGGAGUCACAUCACGGAUGAGGCACCUAAACCAGUGGCCAAAGAAGGAGAAGGAGGUGAAGGUGAUGAAGAUCAAGUUGCUGCUGCCGAGAAGAAAUGGAUUCAAGAAGACUUAAUGGUGCUUUCAGUACUACAAGGAUCCCUUGAAGUUCAUCUCCUAGACGCCUACAGCUACUGUGAGACUCCUAAACACCUGUGGGAAACACUCCUGAAGACAUUUGGUAACACUACCAACCUAAGUCGGGUGUUUGAGCUCAAGAGAGCCAUCAACAACCUUGCGCAAGAAGAGGAGGAGUUCUCUAAACACUUGGGAAAGUACAGAUCACUCUGGUCUGAGGUAGAGACCUUGAGGCCAAGCACUAUUGAUCAAGAGACGCUCAUGGAGAGGCGGGAACAAGAUCAAGUGUUUGGUUUGAUGCUAACUUUGAAUCCGGCCUUUGGUGAUGUUAUCAAGCACAUUCUAAGGUCUCCAAACCUUCCAUCUAUGGAGGAGGUGUGUGCACAGCUUCAGAAGGAAGAAGGGACCCUCGGCUUGUUUGGGAGAAAAGGAGAUAUGGCUCUAUCCAACAAAGCUGAGGCAAUCCAAGCAAACAAAGCUGCUUACCGUGGAGAGGAGAGGAAGUUCAGUGGCAACUGUGAUCAUUGCAAGAAACCGGGGCAUAAGAGGAGUCAGUGCUGGAUCCUACACCCUCACUUGAAGCCGGCCAAGUUCAACAAGGAGAGGGAGGGAAGAGCUCACCUUUCUGCAGAGACAAGUGAAGCUGGCGCAUCAGGAGCUGGUUCAUCUGGUCAUGCGGGUGAAAGUGAAGGAAGAGCCUUAACCUCUCAUCACCAAGGAGCCGGGAAGAACAUGGAGCAUGAGAUGAUUAGGAAGUCUGACAUUGAUGCCCUGAUCAAAGCUCUCAAAGAGUCUGGUAACACACUCGGAAACACUCUUGGUUAUUCCUAUGCUGCUCAUGUGUUACCUAGAACUUGUAAUAGGUUGUUAGAGAACCUUGAUAACACACGAAUUGAAUCUGACUCAUAUAAGACCUUUGCUGCUGAUAGAAUGUCUAGAAAUGAAUCUACAUUGCUUGAUAUCAUUAAUAAGCUGAAGUUGGUAAGUAAAUCACCUAGGAAUCACAUUGCUCAAGGAAUAAAACCCUUGAUUAUUGAUUCAGGUGCUUCACAUCAUAUGAUUAGUGAUGAUAGUCUUAUAAAGAAUAUAGAACCUGCUCAUGGACAUGUAAUGAUUGCAAAUGGUGAUAGAAUUCCUAUUAGAGGUGUAGGAGACUUGAAAAUGUUUAAUAAAGAUUCUAAAGCCUUAUACAUACCUGAGUUCACUUCUAAUCUAUUAUCUGUUAAGAGAUGUACCAAUGAUCUUCAAUGCAAUGUUAUUUUCAGUCCUAAUGAUGUGAAAUUUCAGGAUAUUGAAAACAGUAAGUUGAUUGGACAAGGAGUAACCAAAGGAGACAUUUAUUUACUUGAAGACAUUUCUCUUAUUUCUAGUUCUAGUUGCUUGUUGAGUUCUGUUUUAAGUAGAUGUGCAUUAUGGCAUUCAAGGUUAGGACAUCCACAUGUUAGAGCCUUGAGCUUAAUGUUACCACGUGUCAUAUUUAAAAAUAAUGAGUGUGAAGCUUGUAUUUUGGGAAAACAUUGUAAGACUGUGUUUAAGAGGUCUACUACUAUCUAUGAUAAAUGCUUUGAUCUUAUUCAUUCUGAUGUGUGGACUGCUCCCUGCUUAUCUAGAGAUAAUUACAAGUACUUUGUCACAUUCAUAGAUGAAAAAUCCAAAUACACCUGGAUAACACUAAUCAAAACAAAGGAUAGGGUUCUUGAUGCAUUUAAAAACUUUCAAUCAUAUGUUUCUAACCAGUAUAAUGCCAAGAUUAAGAUUUUCCGGUCUGAUAAUGGUGGAGAGUAUACUGGCAGUGCAUUCAAAAACCAUCUAGCUCAAAAUGGGAUUCUUCAUCAAACGAGUUGCCCUUACACUCCUCAGCAAAAUGGAGUGGCUGAAAGGAAGAAUAGACAUCUUAUGGAAGUGGCCAAAUCAAUGAUGUUUCAGAUGAGAGUGCCAAAGAGAUUUUGGAGUGAUGUUGUGAUCACGGCUUGCUACCUAAUCAAUAGGAUACCAACCAGGAUCUUAGAAGAUAAAGCUCCUUAUGAAGUUCUCAACAACAGCAAGCCUGUACUAGAUCACCUAAGAGUCUUUGGGUGUAUAAGCUAUGUUCUUGUCCCGGGAGAGAUGAGAAACAAGCUGGAAGCAAAGAGUGUCAAGGCUAUGAUGAUAGGUACUCAACUACACAGAAGGGAUACAAGUGCUUUGUUCCAGAAACAAGAAGGGUACUUGUAUCUAGAGAUGUCAAGUUCUUUGAAGAGAAGAGCUACUAUGAAGAUAAAGAUUGGAAAGAGCUGGAGGAUCUGUCACAACCUUCAGAUAGAGCUACAAGCUUGAGACAGAUACUAGAAGGUCUCGGGAUUGGAAUGUCCCAGGAGUCGAAUGAAGAU